CGGCCGAAGUAUCAGUGGAAGGAAGGCGGUCCUAGCGGGGAGGAUGCUGAGAGAUCCAGGGUACGCAAAACGAUGAGAACCGUAUCUAAAUUUAGUUUCCAAUAAUAACGCAUAUGGACGCAAAUUGUGGCAUCACUAUUGAAUAAAGGACACUCGCCGACUAGGGAUUAAUCUGCUUUCUUUGUUUGUAUGAGCUAGACCUAGCAAGUCACAUUCAGCUGUUUGUUGUCCGGUGGUCUGUAGGAGACAUCAUCUUUGUCAGAAUUGAAAGGGGCGAGUUUUAGCACAAUUUUCUGUCUUGCUGUUAUGAUCAGACUUUCAUUCAGUAGAUUGUUUGGUAAGACAUGGACUUUGUUCACGUCGUGGACAAAUAUUUAAGAGGUAAACAACGCCGAGGUUUGUAGCAGGUGCCUAGACAGGGAUGAUAGGCCUGCGAUUCCGAACAAAUAUUUCCUUGUGAUGAUCUGUCAUAGGCUACUCUCCAAUAGCAGGCAUCAGAAUACAUUUGUGGGAAGGAUGUGUGAUGUAUCAACCUCCAAAGUAGGCUGAUUUAUUUUUUAUGUGUUACAUCAGUUCGUUUUAUCGUUGAUUUCAGUGUUCAGCUGUGACACCGUUGUCUCGUGUAAACAGUUAGCCCAUUAGAUGCUCUUAUCUCUCCUCGUAUACAUCAGUAAGCUCUGCCGAUAUUUAUCAAUGUUCAGUUCCGACAGACUCACAGUUCCUGAAUAUGUCAGUCGCCUCCAAAGCCGGAAAUCGAGCCCUGCCCCUGACCAGAGGGCUGUCUCGCCGGGUAUUACAGCUGAUGUACAGUCAGUGCUGGAUGGUUCUCUACCAGCACUACGAUCAGCUGUCAAAACCUUAAAAUCAGCGAAGGACACCGCAGAUUUGGAGGAGACCCGCCGGGCAAUCGCUGAGAUUUACCAGCUGGUAGAGGAAGCCUGGGUAUUACCUGCCCUUGGGCGUCAGGUCGCCGAGGAGAUAUGCAACAGGAUACGACUGGAUGGUGGUCUGGAGUUGCUCUUGCAGCAUCUCCACUCACCUGCUGUGGAAAUCACCUAUGAGUCGGCCAAGUUAUUGGAGCAGAUUCUGGUCUCAGAAAACAGAGACUAUGUGGCACGCAUGGGUCUGGGCGUGAUCCUGAAUCUGACCCGGUCCCAAGAGGACGCCCAGCUUGCCCGCAGCGUGUCGGGCAUCCUGGAGCACAUGUUCAAGCACACCGAGGAGACGUCCGUCCAGCUCAUCUCCAACGGCGCGCUGGACGCGCUGCUCUUCUGGUGCCGUGGCACGGACCCCACCGUGCUGCGCCACUGCGCCGUGGCGCUGGCCAACUGUGCCAUGUACGGCGGCCACCGGUGCCAGCGGCUCAUGAUCGAGAAGCAGGCGGCCGAGUGGCUCUUCCCGCUGGCCUUCUCCAAGGAGGACGAGCUCAUUCGCUUCUACGCCUGCCUGGCCGUGGCCGUGCUGGCCGCCAACCGGGAGAUCGAGAAGGAGGUGGUGAAGUCGGGCACGCUCGAGCUGGUGGAGCCCUUCAUCGCCUCGAUGGACCCGGACGAGUUCGCCCGCAGCCUGCUGGACAGCACGGACAGCAUGCAGGGCCGCACGGCCGCCGACCUGCAGCACCUGCUGCCCCUGCUGGACGGCACGCGCCUAGAGGGGAAGUGCAUCGCCGCCUUCUACCUGUGCGUGGAGUCCAGCAUCAAAUCGCGCCAGCGCAACACCAAGAUUUUCCAAGAGAUUGGCGCGGUGCAGAGCCUGAAGAGGAUUGUCAUGUACUCCAGUAACGCCACUGCCUGCUCCCUUGCCAAGCGAGCGCUGGGCAUGAUGGGUGAAGAGGUGCCGCGCCGCAUCCUCUCCUCUGUGCCAAACUGGAAGAGUGGGGAGGUGCAGAGAUGGCUGCAGCAGAUCGGCUUCAGCAUGUACACCGAGCGCUUUCAGGAGUUGCAGGUGGAUGGAGAUCUGCUUUUAAACAUUACAAAUGAGGAUCUGCUCAAUGAUCUGGGCAUGACUUCAGGGCUCACUCGCAAAAGAUUCCUGAGAGACCUUCGUGUUCUGAAGACUUACGCCAACUACUCCACGUGCGACCCCAACAACCUGGCCGACUGGCUGGCCGACGUGGACCCGCGCUUCCGCCAGUACACCUACGGGCUGGUCCAGUCUGGCGUGGACCGUAAGAACAUCGUGCACGUCACCGACGAGCAGCUCCGCACCGACUGCAGCGUGGAGAACGGGGUGCACAGGGCCAAAAUCUUGUCUGCGCUGCGCCACCCCAAAAAGGCCUGCCUGACCGACGCACAGCCGUCUGGCCCAGACGUCUUCAUAAGUUACCGCCGCACCACCGGCUCCCAACUGGCCAGUCUGCUGAAGGUGCACCUUCAGCUUCGUGGCUACAGUGUGUUCAUCGACGUGGAGAAGCUGGAGGCUGGUCGCUUUGAGGAGAAGCUGAUCCAGAGUGUGCAGCGGGCACGCAACUUCAUCCUGGUCCUUUCGGCCAACGCCCUGGACAAAUGCAUGGGGGACCUAGCCAUGAAGGACUGGGUGCACAAGGAGAUUGUCACUGCUCUCAGUGGGAAAAAGAACAUUGUUCCGGUCACAGACAACUUUCUGUGGCCUGAUCCCAAAUCUCUUCCAGAUGAUAUGAGUUCCAUCCUCAACUUCAAUGGUAUCAAAUGGUCCCAUGAGUAUCAGGAGGCAACCAUAGAGAAGAUCCUGCGCUUCCUCAAGGGGAACCCAAGCCAGGACCAACUGGACAGAGCCAAGGACCCAGAGUUACCAAAGCAGGAGUAGAUCUAAAGAUGUCCCUCCAGGAGAUGGGGCUCAUGGUCCAAGGUAUAUCUCGUGUGGCCUCUGUAACGUCCAAAGAGCCCUAUGUGUUCUGCUCCUUCCUUUAGCAGUAGCUUAGACUCAACCUCUCCAUCCACCU